AAAAAUAUUUGUAGUAUACUAUCAAGAUGAUUUUCUUAGAAGCUGGAAACAAAAUUAUUCAAGAAAUCCUUCUCAAGCAAUUUGAUGCUUCAACAAGACAACCAAGCGUCCAUGUUAACGGAGGUGAUUUUGAUGGUACUAAAUUUGUUAUUCAAUCUGAUGCUGGUAAUAAGAACCUUCUCACCUUGUCCAUCUAUGUUCAUGGUGAAAAGGAAUUUAAUCAAUAUGGAGGUAUUGAAUUGGUCAAGAAAACUUUACCAGGAUUGGAUGUUAAAGCACCAGGUUUAACAGUCGAUGAUCAAAAACAUACUUUCACAGUUACUAUUGAUGUUGAAAAGGAAGAAAAGAAUAAGGACAAGUGGUUAAAGGAAUUGCCACGUGUCAAAACUACAUAUAUGAGUGCUGUCUUUUUGCAAGCCAUGGAUAAACACGCAAAGGGAGAACAAUUCGAACCAAUCAAAGUUCCAUACAGACCAGAUGAAAAUAUUUACAUUAUUUCUUAUAAGGGCAAGUCUUUGGUUGUUGUUUAUAGUAUUUUGUUCAGAGAUCCUGAUGAUGUCGUUUUUGCCAAUGGUUUCUUGUGUGAAUUCAAGGAUGCCAAGAAGGAUCGUGCUCUCAAUGCUGCUCCAAAUAUGAACUUUUCACAAGGUCAAUUGGCUGGUGAAUUGGUUGACGUAAAGAGUGUUACUGAACCAAAGGACGAAAGAACUUUGAAGAAGGAAGGUUGGGGCUUUGUUUCUAUUGGUUUGUUGGAUAAUCAUACCAAGGCUGAUAAGCAAUUGAAUACUGCUGAAUUAUUGCUUGGUUUCCGUUCAUAUUUGCACUACCAUUUGAAGUGUAUGAAGGCUUACAUGCACAUUCGUAUGAGAGAAUCUGUUGAAAAGUUAAUGUUGAACUUGAAUGCUGCUAAGGAUUUGAGCGGUAAGAAGACUGAAAAGAAGACCAUGUCUGGUAGAACUUUCAAACAACAAUAACUUGUUUGAGUGAGAGAACAUAAUGACAUCAGUGUCAUUCACAUCUUUUUGUAGUUAUAAAAUCACCUUAUUUAUUUAUUUAU